AUGAUGACGAGGCUCAAUGAGAUGCACGUCAUCAAGAAACAGAAUGCUCAUAUGUCUAAAGAGGCUGCCCGUGAAAUCAUUAGAAAAAUCCCAGUGGAAGUACUUGCCAAGGAGUGGUUGUCAAAAGAAGAUGCCACUGUAGACAUGCGAGCGUAUUUAGUAGACCAAAUUUUGCCAACACUUAUCCUUGGUGUUGAGAGGCUGUUGAGAGAAGUUGAUGAGAAAGGUCUCUCGGCAACUAACAGAUUUGAACCAGAAUUUAACCCCAUCAACUUCCUGGCGCAGUACCUCAUGCGCAAUAACCCGAGGUUCAGUAAUUUUGCUGAAGCAUCCCCUUAUGUCCGAGGAUUGAGAGAGGUUUCCGAAGAAAUCAAACAAGAGCUUUUCACUUUUGAAGACAAUAGAUUGGCACGCAUCAAAGCAGAAACACGCCGUAAGCGGAUGGACAGAGAGCGUUAUGAGCAAGAGAUUCGAGAAGGGAAAGAGCGCAGGCGCAAUCAGCUGAUCUCACAGUUUUCAGAAUGGACAAAUUAUGGGGAAAGGAAUACUGUGGAACUUGCUGUUCUACAGAAUUCUUUAAGCUUUUUUCUGGAGACUGUUGAACUAUUGCCGCCCGAACUUCAGGAAGUAGCAAAAUUUGGACGUCCACUGGAGCCAACUGAUGAAACUGGAAAAACUCUUUCUGUAAAAGAAUUUGCUCAGUACAUCAGCUUAUUUGUGGAGGACCUGCCAUCGGAGAUAUUUAAUCUCUUCAUGGUCCACAUGUCAAAAUGUGCUGCUACUCAAAACGCUUCUGCAGACAGAGAAAAUAGGAGGAUAAUUCUGACCAACCUAUUUUUGAUCUGUGAUUAUGGCGUGCUCCGCUUUAUGAUAGCUGAUCGAAAGCUUGGUUUGUUAGAUCGAGUUCGGGUCAUGAUUCUCUUUGAAAAAUUCUGGGAUAUGCUAAUGCUGUCAAGGGAAGAACCAAUGGCCACACUUCGGAAUCCCCGAAGAUGGCCAGUUGUGGAAGUUGAAGAGGUUGAUGAUAUUUUAUAUGAUGCAUGGCAAGAGGAGCCUGACGGUGGAAUUACACCAAUGGAAGAGGAGGUACAGAACAAGCUAGAGGAAGGUUCAUUAACUACAACAGAAAUAGAAGAGGAAGAAAAUUUAGCUGCCACAGAAGAACGAGAGGAAAACAAUGUAGCUGCUACAGAAAUUAGAGAGGAAGAAAACUGUAGAACAGGACACAACAAUGACCUGUGGCCUGUGACCAGUACAAUAAAAGAGAAAACUGUAGAACAGGACACAACAAUGACCUACACGAGUUCUGCUGCCAAACCAAUCCGGGAGCUUUCUGCAUAUUCAGAUAAAUUUGUGAACCUGUGCCAGUUCGUGCAGAUGUUUGAGACCUUCAUCGGUCCUCACCCAGAGUCCAAAAUAUUUGCCACGUUGGUUCACUACGUCACAGAUCUGUACCAAGAUAAUGAGCCAGAUAAAACUGAUAAAUUGUUGCAAGCCAAAGAAAACGCUACCAAUGCCAGAAAGAAAGCACAACUGAAUGCUUUGUUUGAGAAGUGGGAUAAUGACGCCAGCGGUUUUCUGGAGCUAGAGGACGUCACUGAUUACAUGUGCAAGUUCAAGGACGGACAAGAAGUAGAGGCCAUUAGAUCAGCCCAGUUUGAUUUGAAGAAGCAGUCGGAAUACUUUGAUGGCAGACUGAGUAACAGAGAGUUCAGACAGUUCCUCAACAUGGUCAUCAAUGAGUUGCCAGGCAAAGAAACAUUUGACCUUUUUGUGGAGUUUCUGAUGAACUCAGUUGAGAGAUCCUAUGGAGAGCGCAUCAGAGGAGAAGCAAGAAAGAAAUGGCUUCAGCAAAUAAACAUGGCGGCACUCACAGGUGGCACAUCCAUGGAGCCUGUUUACAAAGCUGUCUUCCAAGCUCUAUACAAGGAUGCAGAGACCCAUGGAGGAGAGAAAAGAAUUAGUGCAAGUAUUACCAUGUUGGAGAAGAACAAACUGGAACCUUCCAGAGGGGAGCUGAUGCUACGUGUGGCCGCCUGUACCCCAGAAGAUUGUCAGUACAUGCUUGGCAAACCCUUGUACAAGAAUAUGAAGGGUAUCAGCUUUCAAGCCAUUGAGACUGGCAAACCUGUACAUGUGCCUCGAGUAGCCAAACAUGGCAAUAUUUAUUUUUGGAAUUAUAAUCGCAAUCCUCAAGAACGAUCUGGAUCUUUUGUAGCAAUCCCGUUAAAGGACAACAAGAAACGUGUCUUUGGGACACUGGGAGUUGACACCAUGAUUGACCCCAAGAAAGAAACCAUUUUUACAAAACAUGAAAUCCAGUUCUUCCAGGGCGUGGCCAAGGCUUUCAGCAUUGCCUAUCACUAUGUGGAGAAAAAACGCAAGUUUGUGCAUGUCCUGGAGAGAGCUAUGCCUUGGUUCCACUGCAGGUGUCCCCACGUUGUGGAGAUUACAGUCUAUUUUAUAGAACCUAACUCGAAAGACACAAAUGACUAUGUUCUGCGGAAAAUCAUGGUCAUGGACAAUAAUGGCCAAGCUGCACAUGUCACAGAACUCGUUCGGUUGGAAAGAAAAGACAAUUUGUUUCGACGGUAUCUCUUUGACUGUGUUGAGACAUCAUACACUGUGGUGGCCGACAUACACGACAUGAGACACAUAGCCUGCCCUAUCAGGGACCCCAAUGGCAAAGUAGUCAGCGUUGUUGACCUCAACACUGGAAAGCUGAAAAAUCUGCCCAAAUAUGAAAGCAGGGAAGCCCAGAGACUUCUUCGGCUGCUGCAGCGAGCUUUCUGUGAGCUGAGUCGGGUCUCCAAGGGUGAAGACCCACAAUGUGUGCUGGUGAGUAAAGAAAAAUCAACAAGAAAUAAAGAAACAUCUACAGUCA